CCACCGCAUUUACACUACACGAUGUGCACUGCCUCGCCUCCCGGCACAACGCCAUCCAACUUAGAUCGUGCGACGACCACCAGCCACAACGACGACCGUCCACACGAUGGAUGUCGCUGCAACCGCAAGAAACACAAGCACGGCUUUGCCACGUCCGCCCUUGUCGGCUACAUACUUGGCUUCGCACUUCGCACGCUCUGCGCGUGGCUCGUGCCGCUCGGUCUCGCAUGCGUUUUACUGCGCACGGUAUACAGCCAAGACGUCGUCAUUGUGCAAUGGGGUGCGCUGUUCUCCAAGCUUCGCCAGUCGGAGCUCUACCGCAAGUUCAACGACUUCUGGUGCGCAAACGACAGCCUCGUUGUCAUCAACUGGGACAAAGUCCAUUCGUGGUUCAAUCCCGAGACACACGUCCUUCACUUGAAGCUACCCGAUGCGCCGUCCAUGCCCGGCUUCCUCUUUGGGCUCGUUAUUGCUUACAAGUGGUAAACUUCAUCCACGCGAUCAAGC